UCGUAGCUGAAAUACAAACGGCUGUUUACCAGACCUCUGGAUCUGCCCGGAAACCUGCCCGGGAUGCGCAGCGCGGGAAAGCCCAGGGCUCGCCUGGUGGCGCAGUGGUUAAGGACCCACCUCUCCCUGCAGGGGACGGCGGCUCCGUCCCUGGUCCAGGAAGACCCCACGCGAUGCGGGGCAGCUGAGCGCCCGCACCACGAUGCUGAGCCCACGGCUGCAGCUCCGGACGCCCGAGCCUCCAGAGCCGGUGCUCCGCAGCGGGAGAGGCCGCCGCGUGAGAAGCCUGCAGACACAGCGGCAGAGCGCCCCGCCCCGGCCAGGAAGUACAGAUAGGAAGGAACUGGUUAAAGAAGGAAAGAAAAAUCCAGACGUCGGUCUUGCUCUUGGGUCUCCUGCCUUCAGCAGAGCAGCUCACGGGCACAGCGGCUUUUGCACGUGGCUUCUCCGGUCGACUCCGGUGUCUGACGGCGCGGUGGUGAGUGCUGGACCCAAAGGAGACAACAUUUAUGAAUGGAGGUCAACUAUAUUGGGACCCCCAGGAUCUGUCUAUGAAGGAGGGGUGUUCUUUCUUGACAUAACCUUUUCACCUGACUAUCCGUUUAAACCCCCCAAGGUGACCUUCCGCACCAGAAUCUAUCACUGUAACAUUAACAGCCAAGGCGUGAUCUGCCUGGACAUCCUGAAGGACAACUGGAGUCCGGCCCUCACCAUCUCUAAAGUCCUCCUGUCCAUCUGCUCCCUCCUGACAGACUGCAACCCCGACUUAUGUUGAACUUCAGUCUGGCCUAUUUUCACGUGAUCACAAAUGUAAGUUUAAUAGAAUAUGAAUGAGGACUUUCCUGCACUGAGUCCAUGCAGCUGUUUUCACACCAGAAAUGCUGUCAGCUCAGAAGUAGGUUUUGCAUAAAGAUACAGGUUUAACCAACUUUGUGAGGGCUAUCACUCUUGUCCCUACAUAAACUGGGGGGGAGAGGGGAGGAGGUCAUCUUUUUGCAUGCUUUUCUCUUAAUUUAUAUUUAUCUCUUCCAAGAAUUUGGCCCAUUCAAAGCAAAUGUUUCAGGGUAAGGCUACACACCCUGUCUUGCUUGAUAGUGAGAGUCAGCAAAUGUAGAUUUCAAAACCAGCUGCACUGUUUAUUACCAGUGUGACCUUGUACCAGCCAUUUAACUUUGCUCAGCCUCCAUUUCUUGUAUAAAACAGAGAUUAUCCUCAGCUGUACCUAAGUCACAGGAUUCCUGUGAGUUUAAAACAAGAUCUUGUAUGUGAAAACCCAUUGUAAACAGUAAUGGGUUGCUCUUGAUGUUAUUUCCCAGAGUAUUUAGGACUCCAGAUGUACAUAGAUUAGAUGCGAUCUGUUCCCACGAGGCUGCAUUUAACCAAGAGAAGAUAGAAUUGAAUACUGUCUCUAACACCACCUCCUCAGCAACUGACACAUUGGGAUUUUUCAUCCGAAGAAAGCCUAGUCCUGAAUUCCUGUCCAUAAACUGGAACGCUGUGUGAUAGGAGUGCUGAGACCUUAUCUCUUGGGAAGGAUGGCUCAGACAGCGAUGUCCGACAGCACGCAGGCCCUUGAGGGUGCCCAGGGCGCUCCAUCCCCGAGGCCGCGGUGGGGGGACCUCCCUGUGGGCCUCAGCAGGCUGGCCACGCUUCGCAGGGGGCCCCUGGGCCGCCGCAGCGCCUGCUUGCCCAGGCAGGGCUGGCCGCCGGCGGAUGGCCGUGACCGCUGCCGGGAGCAGAGAGCCGGGGCAAUAGAGGCUGAGAAGCCCAGGGGUCCGCACCAGGGACUCCGCUGGCGUCCAGGGGCCGGGACUCCGCGCUCCCAGUGCCGGGGCCCGGUCUCCAUCCCCGACUGAGGAAGGAGCGCCUCAUGCUGCAGCUGAGACCCAGUGCAGCCGAAAUAAAUAAAUACGUGUUUUUUGAUAAAAACAAAGGCCAGCCCCAGCCUCCCAGAUCCCCUGACGGCGGGCCUGCUCAAUGAGCACGUUUCAUCCAGAAGUCGCUAAAAUUUACAGUUCUAAACACGUUUCCAUUUCUUCAUGGAAUGCUUCUAUUUGUAAACACUCUCUUCUCAAGCAUAUAUAACAUUUAAGCUCUCUUCUACUUAAUUUCAUCUUUUAAAGUUUGUUUUUGCUGUUUUGUGGCUUUUUUCAAACGCUUAGCUGUUUUAGCAUAUUCUUUAUAUGAAAUCUAUUUGUUAUUUAAAACCUGCCUGUGUAAUGGUCUUCAGGCCUAUAAAUAUUAAUAACGGGUGCUUUCCCUCACACAAAAUGAACUAUCCUGAAAACACUGACCAUUAUGAAAUAAAAAAAGGUCAACAGUUUCCUGUCCCAGAGGCUUUAUUCACAGAGUAAUGUCCAGAAAUAUUAAUCUCUUUUUCAUAAAUCUUCUUAUCAUCUGGCAUCGUUUUACUAAUCGCAGUUGUUCUUUCUGCUGCGCUCCUGUUGCUUUUGAAAGGUUUAUGAACUUGUUUGAUUCUUCCGUUGUUGCUGUUGUUUUUCCCUAAAUGCUGAAAUGGGAGAUGCUGGCAUUUCAUAAUAUGGAGGAAUUUUGGAAAGACAGCUUGGUGGUUAUAAACUUUUUUGUUCCACGCUCUCAGUUCAUUUGUACCUAAGCCUCUAUUUCUGCGGCAUGUUCUUAAUAGAACCAUCCAGGUCUUUUGUUGCUCUAAAUUUCUGCUUAACUGCUAAGCUUUCUCCUUGAUUCUGACUGUGAUCAUCAGAUUACUGACUCCUCUCUGCCUCAGUCUUCUUGUCUGUAAAAUAGGCUUAAUGAUAGUGCCUGCCUCAGGAGAUGUCAUGAGAUUCUUGUCCUCUGAUGAAGCUGUUUGAUUCAUAAUGUGAUUUUGAUGCUGCAUUGUGAAAAAAAUUCCCCCCAAGACAUAUGGCUCUUAGGAGAUAAUCAGAAAUUGGAAAACAGAGUAUUUGAUAUUGAAGAAUUAUUGACAGAAAUUUUUAGGCAUAAGAAAAUGAAAUGGUGAUUAUGAAUUUUCUAUACUUGGUCUCUAAAGACCCAUACUGAGUUCUUUGCAAAUGCACCUGUAUUUCAUUCGUGGUCAUCUGCGUCAGACGAGAGGCUGCCUGUGGAGAGCCUGGACAGCAGGGCCCCGCAUCCAGAAACAGCCACGAGGUCCUCCUCCCCCACUUCUCAAGCAGGCAGAGCUGCCCCGGGCAAGCCAGAAGGUGCUCUGAGCACACUCACAGACGUCACACCCACCACCUCCCGCCAUCACCUUCCACAUCAGAAUCGGGUUGGUUACUCCCGGUCUUUGAUUUAUGCAAAUCUGUAUUAGAACAAGUAGAUCUAAGAACGGCAGCUAAUCAACCCUCUGUCUUGGCACAGCGAGGAAGCUGAGGGUGCACAUAGCUGCACUGUCGCUGGUAAGAGCUCUGGUCCUUCCAGAUGGAUUCAGUGGAGGAAGGACUCUCUCCCCAUGGUCUGUCCAUAGUGUUCAAACGCCCCCUUCCCCGGCAUCACUGCCCUUGGUUUCAGAUCUCUUACAGACAGUUUAAUUUAAACAACAAAUAUAAUCCUUAUCCACCAGUUGUGUCAGGUAUCUUAACUUUGAUUGUUAUUAACUGCUUGUCUUUGACCUGGUUAUAGUUACAUGGUAAAUUGUGUUGCUAUUAAAUAUUUAAAAAUUUUAGUUGCUAGUGACUGCUGAGUGGUGGGGACCAUAAAAUAGGAUUAAUUAUUUUAACAGAGAUGUUUGUGUGAUUAUUUACACUAAGUUGGUGAGCUCUUAGACUGAUGAGAGCUACCUAAAUGGAAUUUAAGAGGAUUCCAUUGCUCACGACAGCAACACAAACCUUUCUACUCCUGCAGUUGAGAACUGGCAGAGAAUAAUUUAUUUCACUGAAAUUUAGAGAAAACUGCAAAAGUGAUAACCUACCUAUUUUCAAAGCAGGCUAUCUUAGCAGGAAUGCCAAAAAGAAACGUUGAUGUUUCUAAAACAGACAUUACAGAUGGCUGUGUAGACAUCAGAUUUCUUCUGAUGCCUUUGACUUUUUAUUCAAGUGAGAAGCUUAAAAAGUAGAUAGACAUGGUGCAACAUACAGCUAACUUCAAGCUAUUUUCUCUGUGAAGAUUUGGCUUCCCUUUGAGAAUAUUACAUGCUGAAUUCCAAAAGUCAUUCUAAUCAGGACUUCCAAAUAUGAAUAUAGAUAGUCUAUAAUUUGCAGUCAUUCAUCCUCUCAGGCACCUCAUACAAGAAAAACAAAGCUAUAGUUGUAUGUCGUUAAAUCAGUCUACCUGGUGUUUUGAAUACCCGAGAGUCAAUAAAGCUCACAGAAUGUACUGUGUGAGGGCCUCGGUUCUGGCUCGGGAGUCACUGCUGCCUCCUGGGGACCCUGCUCCCGUGGUGCCCAUAGGCUUACUCAGAUCAGUUUGGAAACGUGCUGUGUAGGGUGUGGAGGCUCUAGAAAAACUGAGGCUUCAUUGAGAAGGAUGAAUAAAAUCAGGGAAUGUGCAUCAUUAAAGAAAAUAAUAUUUCAGCUGUGUGAAUUAAGUUUCACAGAAAUUAUUUUAUACCAUCAUAAAUUAGGCUUAAAAAAAAACAGAAAAUAGCAAUUCUGAGAUAUUCACCUCGAUCUGUAUGUUUAUAAAUGUGACGUUUAAGUGCCAUUAAAAGGGUUGUUUCCCUACUUUGUCCUUCUGUAGAAAGGCAUCCUUUAUAGUUGCCUUACAAGGUAUUUUGCUAUUUAAUAAUGAAACUGAAAGAUCCAGUUGGGUGCAGCAUUUUGUCCAAGAAUGAUUUUCUAGGAAAUACAGAAUGAUAAAGGAGAGUUUAAAUUAACCUAACCGUGGGUUUGGACUUCGGACUGCCAUGUAGUGAAACAAGUGAAAAGGAUUGUCUUUGAGAUGAAGAGCUGGCAGGGAGAGACUGGGGGCUUCAGCGUGUAGGUGAGAGGCGAAGGCACAAGUGUGCCAACCUGCCUUGAGUGUUUCUCCUUGGUGUAAGCGAGUGUUUAUCUAACACGACCAUCUCUUGGCUGUCUUUCCUGAACAGCCGAAGUGCCUAGGUUAAAAAGAACAUUUGCUGUUAUUAUUUUUUGGUAGAUCAUUGUCCAAAAAUGCUAACCUUCCGAAGCUUUGUUGCUUUCCUAGUUAAACCCAUUGCCUUAGUAGGGCUGGUUCUUUUAAAACAGCAAAAACUAGACUUUACCGUUAUUUGCUGAUACGUGGGAAGAGCAGAACUUAAAAUGUGCCAGUGAAGUUUCAUCUUCACAACUUAGGCAAAGGGCAGUCGGGGGAGCUGCUGCCGGUGGUAGCGAUGAGAACACAUCCUUAUGUUUGUCACCGGCUUCUGCUCUGGCUUCCGCUUCCUUCUCUGACCAGGAGGAGCUGCUCUCCGCGUUCCUAAAGCGGGGAGCGGACCCGGGGCAAUCCAGUCCGCUCUCUUCUCGACCCAUCAUGAGGUCAUCCCCUCAUCCUCUGUAAGGAGUCUGACUGGUGUGUCCUUGGACAGCGUGUCCAGUCAAAGUCUCAUCAUUUCAGGGCAGUUAAGAAGGUUAGCUGGAUUAGUAGGCUUUUUAAUGAAUUGUGGAAAUUUUACAUGAGUGAAGACCCAAUCCCUUUAAGCACACAUAGGAAACACUGGUAAAUGUUUAGACUGGGCACCCUGGAGACUCUGCUUUACCAAGGAAAGGAGUGAAAGUGGGUUUUUCACAUUCAGAAAAAUAGAGAAAAUGAUUAUCACGAACCCUAAUGUAUCCCUCACCUAAUCUAGAUUCAAAGCGUACCUUUAUAUUGGGGUUGGGGUAUCUUUACAGGUUAGCAAGUGCGUUUUUAGACAGGCUGACUAGUCUCAGAUAGUACUGCUUUCUACAAUUCAUUUUCAUGCUAACCCUUUUUAAAAGAAAUGGAAACCACCAGCUUCAGCACAGGUUUUUGCCUCAGAGAUAGGUUAAUACUCAUUUCAGAAGGGUGCAAUGUGUGUUGCCUUCAGAAACGAAUGUGGAAGAUAGGCCACUGAAUAAAGUCUUGUUUUAUAAGGAGAAAUGAAGAUAAGCUAUUUAAGUGACACCUGUUUGAAAUUGUUGACCAUACCCUUAUUGUUAUUAAUAUGGAAAUUUUAUAAUUCUGAAACAUUUAAUAAAAAUCCUCUAAUUGCCCA